CUGCCGGCAGGCAGGCUGGCAGCACCGGGGUGGGUGGAAGGAGCUCCAGCAGUUUGCUGACCCUCAUUCCCAACGCAGGUCGUCGGGUUUGGGCUGACCCCUUUGGCUGCCUGUUGCUCGGCGGACCGGUGCAGGCAAGCGAGGGAGAGCGCGCGCGCGCAAUUACGCAUCUGCACCCCGAGGUCAGAGGGAACGUCCGCACCGGAGGGGAGGGGAAAGGAGAAAUUCCCUCGUCUCCCAACCCCAGGCGCGCAGGGGACCGACGGGUGGAGCACUAGUUGCGCCCUGCCCGGAGGGUAGGGAUUUUUAUUUUAUUUUAUUCACGACGCGGCUGCAGCAGACUGUCCCGAGCUCUGCACGGCGCCUCGUGCGCUCCCCCCCCCCCACUUGUUGCAGCACCUGCUGCCAUCUGGGUUCUGCCUUCGCAAAAUACAGCUACAAAGGGGGUGUGGUUUGGGGGCGUGUGUGUCUGUGUGCAGAGAGUUCGAGGAACCUCAGCGCAGAGAUCCGCUUGCAAAAGCGGAGCGGCGGCUGGAUGCAAAGCAGCGUUGGGAAACUUCUGCGACCUCGCCUCCGCGCGGCUUCUCCUCCAAGCCCACUUCUCUUCCUGGGAGGAAACAGAGCUGGAGUUGCGUUGCCUCCUCUCCCACAGGAGAAGUGCAGCAGCUGGCGCUGAGCCACGCCGGGCGAAUUUGACAGAGGAGAAUCCAAAUCAAGAUGUGCAAAGGGAGCCUCGGAGAGGCCGGUGCCCUCACUGCUUAGCCGCCCAGCCGCACCACCGCCGCCGCCGCCGCUACUUUCGGAUCCGUUUGCCCGCCCCGUCGAACUUCAGGGUUACUCAUAAGCGAAAUGAAAACGAAGGCGGAUGCCAGGGAGCUGUCUGCUUCCGCCACCGUGAUCCGGGAUCGAGCGGACCUUCUUCAGGCGCCCCUACUCUCCGAUCGCGGCCCCUUUGCCCGACGGGAGACGGUGGAGGCCAUAGACCUGUCUCUGGACGGGCUGCUGUAUCCCAGAAGCAGCGACGAGGAGGAAGAAGAGGACGAGGAGGAGAGGGAAGAAGAGGACGAAGACGACCACGAGCAGCAGUCGUGCCCCCCGAAUGAGGAGGCGGAAGAGAGGAAAGGCGGCGAUUCCUCCUCGCUCCGGGACGGCUGCGGAUCCCCAGUGGACAAAGACGUCUUGGACCGGGUCCUGGACACUUUCCUGGCGCCCUCCUCCAGCCAAGGCAACACGGAGAGCCCCUCGACGUGGCCUUUCUUUGGCUCGGACAUCCCCGAGUUCUCCGGCGCGCAGAUGAGCCGCCGCCCCGACGGGCAAGGCGAGGACGCGCCAGCAAACGCCUCUUCGCUGCCUCCGGCGCCGACGUCACCUUCUCCGGUUGUCGCCUCUUCUUCCCACUGGAAGACAUUCAAAGAUGCGGACGGGCCUCCUUUCAAAAGUCCGAAGGGCAAGGCGCCAGGAUCCGCCGCCUCGGCGUUUUCCAGGGAGAAGCAGGGCUUCGCAAAUCGAAGCUCGACGGAGCAGGAAUCGGACGGCGCCGCCGCCUCCUCCUCCAGCGGCGGCAACCAGGCUUCACCCGAGGGGCACCCGGGGGUCGCGGCAGCUGAGCAGCCCAUCGCCCACGACCUGUUCAACCUGCCCAUCCUCCCUCUCAACCAGGCAUACGUAGCCGCCAGGACCCGGCAGUUGCUGGACGUGGACGAGUACGAGGACAUGAUCCCCUUCGGCGUGCAGGCGAGCACCCCGCUCUCGCCGUCCGGUUGCACCCUCCAGGAUUUUACAAACCACAUUUACUCGGCCAGAGACGGGCAGCCGCCGCAGCCGCCUUACGCGUUCGGCUCCGUCGGGGAUUUUCAGCGCAACCUCAGGAUCAAGGAAGAAAGCCUGGUGGUUGCGGCGGCUAAGAACAACAGCGGCGGCGGCCGCGGAAGCGGCUGCGGCAGCGGCAGCGGCUCCUACUCGGCUGCCAAAAGUUUGCCGCCGCCGACGGCAGCAGCAGCAGCAGCAGCAACAGGAGCACCAGCGCCAGCGAUGCCUUGCCCAGACUACGCGCCUCCGAGCGUGGUUCCAAGUGCGCUUCCUCCUCUGCCCAAGAAUAGCACGGGCGGCAUUCCCGAGGCGCCCUGUUCCUCGUUCGAGUCCUUUCUCUACAAAGCAGAGGCUGCUGCUGCUGCUGCAGACGCCGCCCCCGGUGGCCCAUACGGACCAGCGCCUUGCAAGGCCUCCACCAGCUGCGGGGCGCAGAGGGACAGCCUCAGUUUGCCCUCCACGUCGGGCGCGCAGCCUCCGGUCCUCUACCAGCCGAUUGCCCUGCACGCUCCGCAGCAGUUCGCCGGCCUCAGAGACGGCUUGCCGCAGUUCUUCACGCCCUAUCUGAGUUAUCUAAGGUCAGAUGCAGAUGCUGGCCAGAGCCCUCAGUAUGCUUUUGAAUCGUUGCCUCAGAAGAUCUGCCUCAUCUGCGGCGAUGAAGCUUCGGGCUGCCAUUACGGAGUCCUUACCUGUGGAAGUUGCAAAGUCUUCUUCAAGAGAGCCAUGGAAGGACAACAUAACUAUUUAUGUGCCGGGCGGAACGACUGCAUAGUGGACAAGAUCCGCCGGAAGAACUGCCCUGCGUGCCGCUUGAGGAAAUGCUGUCAAGCUGGCAUGGUGCUUGGAGGUCGAAAGUUUAAGAAGUUCAAUAAGCUCAAAGUGCUGAGAGCAUUAGAUGUUGCACUCCAGCCAUCGGUAGCCCUUCCUAAGGACGGCCAAGCCCUGGCACAAAGGCUCUCUUUUUCGCCAGCACAAGAAGUCCAGCUUAUUCCUCCAUUGAUCAAUGUCUUGGAGAGCAUCGAACCGGAAGUGGUCUAUGCAGGAUAUGACAACACACAACCAGAAACCCCAAGUGCUUUGUUGACCAGCCUCAAUCAACUAUGUGAGAGGCAGCUCCUCUGUGUAGUCAAGUGGUCCAAGUCAUUACCAGGAUUCCGGGGCCUACACAUUGAUGAUCAGAUAACCCUUAUCCAGUACUCCUGGAUGAGCCUAAUGGUGUUUGCCAUGGGAUGGAGGUCUUAUAAGCAUGUCUGUGGGCAGAUGCUGUAUUUUGCACCUGACUUAAUACUGAAUGAACAGAGGAUGAAGGACUCAUCAUUCUAUUCACUGUGCCUGACCAUGUGGCAAAUACCCCAAGAGUUUGUCAAGCUGCAAGUAAGCAGUGAAGAGUAUCUCUGCAUGAAAGCCUUGCUCCUUCUCAAUACAAUUCCAUUGGAAGGUCUCAGAAGCCAAAGCCAGUUCGAGGAGAUGAGAACAAACUACAUCAGAGAGCUGGUCAAGGCAAUCGGGCUGCGGCAGAAAGGGGUCGUGGCUAGUUCGCAACGCUUCUAUCAGCUGACGAAACUUAUGGACUCCAUGCACGAUCUUGUGAAACAACUCCAUCUCUACUGCUUGAAUACUUUCCUCCAAUCUCGGGCGCUGAGUGUAGACUUUCCGGAGAUGAUGUCGGAAGUGAUCGCUGCCCAACUACCCAAGAUUCUGGCAGGCAUGGUGAAGCCGCUCCUCUUUCAUAAAAAGUGAAAUGCUGUCUCUCUUGGCUGCCUCUACUCUCUCCCCAGCCCAGCCCCAUCUCUCAUUGGCAGAGAUAAAACCCAGCAAAUGUACAUUUUUUAAAAAAAUUGUGUGAGUUGGUUCAGGGUUUGGGAUUUUGCAGUGCCAGGGUUUUUAGCCUGUGUCCAACACCUGCGGGUUUAUGUCUUCAAAUCUGCAAAUGCUCCACAAAUGUUCUUAUGGUAAAACUUUCUCCUAUUACUAUUCUUUUACAACAGGUUUUUCUUGGGGGGGGGGAGGGUAUCAUGACCAAUAUUUGUCAUAAGAAAUGUUUUAUAAUAGGCCUGAUUGAAUUUCUCCUGAGGAAUAAACAAGAGAUGAGUUUUGUUUCGUUGUUUUCUGAGAACGGAAAGUUACCUUGUACAUUUCCCCUCUUCAUAUUAUUCAUUUUUAAAUUUCUGCAAUGUAGUAAGGUUUUAGCUUUUAAUACAUUUGUGCGAACACGUGGCUAUAUGUGUAUAUGUAUAUAAAAUGCAAAGAAUGUGUUGAAAAUAAAAUAUAAAUUGUCUUCUACCUUG